AUGGAUGCAUGGACAGCGCUGCUGACCCUCGUCCUGCAAACCUGCUUGGCACUUCCCCUAGCUGACAGUGCCACCCCUGCCCUGCGCUUUGUGGCCGUGGGUGACUGGGGUGGGGUCCCCAAUGCCCCCUUCCACACGGCCCGGGAAGUGGCCAGUGCCAAGGAGAUCGCAAGGACCGUCCAGACCCUGGGCGCAGACUUCAUCCUGUCCCUGGGGGACAACUUCUACUUCACUGGCGUGCGAGAUGCCAAUGACAAGAGGUUCCAGGAAACCUUUGAGGACGUCUUCUCUGCCCGCCCCCUUCGCAAUGUGCCCUGGUACGUGCUGGCCGGAAACCAUGACCACCUAGGCAAUGUCUCAGCACAGAUUGCCUACUCCAAGAUCUCCAAGCGCUGGAACUUCCCCAGCCCUUUCUACCGCCUGCGAUUCAAGAUCCCCAAAACGAACGUGUCCGUGGCCAUCUUCAUGCUUGACACAGUGACCCUGUGUGGCAACUCAGAUGAUUUCCUCAGCCAGCAGCCCGAGAGGCCCCGGGACCUGGGGCUGGCCCGCACUCAGCUAGCUUGGCUCAAAAAGCAACUGGCAGCAGCCAAGGAGGACUAUGUGCUGGUAGCUGGCCACUACCCAGUGUGGUCCAUCGCCGAGCACGGGCCCACCCACUGUCUCGUCAAGAAGCUGCAGCCGCUGCUGGCCACAUACGGGGUCAUCGCCUACCUCUGUGGUCAUGACCACAACCUGCAGUACCUUCAGGAUGACAAUGGGGUGGGCUACGUGCUGAGUGGAGCUGGGAACUUCAUGGACCCCUCGACCCGGCACAAGCGCCAAGUCCCUGAUGGCUACCUGCGCUUCCACUACGGAGCGGAGGACUCACUGGGCGGCUUUGCCUACGUGGAGAUCAGCGCCAAGGAGAUGAGCAUCACUUACAUCGAGGCCUCGGGCAAGUCUCUCUUCAAGACCAGCCUGCCCAGGCGGGCCAGGCCCUGA